UUUUAGCUGCCAGCCCUGGCCCAUCAUGUAGCUGCAGCACAGCCUUCCCUAACGUUGCAACUGGGGGAAAAAUCACUUUCCAGUCUGUUUUGCAAGGUGUGCAUUUCCAUCUGGAUUCCCUGAAAGUCCAUCUGCUGCAUCGGUCAAGAGAAACUCCACUUGCAUGAAGAUUGCACGCCUGCAGCUUGCAUCUUUGUUGCAAAACUAGCUACAGAAGAGAAGCAAGGCAAAGUCUUUUGUGCUCCCCUCCCCCAUCAAAGGAAAGGGGAAAAUGUCUCAGUCGAAAGGCAAGAAGCGAAACCCUGGCCUUAAAAUUCCAAAAGAAGCAUUUGAACAACCUCAGACCAGUUCCACGCCACCUCGAGAUUUAGACUCCAAAGCAUGCAUAUCUAUUGGAAAUCAGAAUUUCGAGGUGAAAGCAGACGACCUGGAGCCUAUAGUGGAACUGGGACGAGGUGCGUACGGCGUGGUGGAGAAGAUGCGGCACGUGCCCAGCGGGCAGAUCAUGGCGGUGAAGCGGAUCCGGGCCACAGUAAAUAGCCAGGAGCAGAAAAGGCUACUGAUGGAUCUGGAUAUUUCCAUGAGGACAGUGGACUGUCCCUUUACGGUCACCUUUUAUGGCGCGCUCUUCCGGGAGGGUGAUGUUUGGAUCUGCAUGGAGCUCAUGGAUACGUCGCUAGAUAAAUUCUACAAACAAGUGAUUGAUAAAGGCCAAACAAUUCCAGAGGACAUCUUAGGGAAAAUAGCAGUUUCUAUUGUAAAAGCAUUAGAACAUUUACACAGUAAGCUCUCUGUCAUUCAUCGAGACGUCAAGCCCUCCAACGUGCUGAUCAAUACCCUGGGCCAAGUGAAGAUGUGCGAUUUUGGAAUCAGUGGCUACCUUGUAGACUCAGUUGCUAAAACUAUUGAUGCAGGGUGCAAGCCAUACAUGGCUCCUGAAAGAAUAAACCCAGAACUCAACCAGAAGGGAUACAGCGUGAAGUCGGACAUCUGGAGUCUGGGCAUCACAAUGAUUGAGUUGGCCAUCCUUCGGUUUCCCUACGACUCGUGGGGAACUCCUUUCCAGCAGCUCAAACAGGUGGUGGAGGAGCCGUCGCCACAGCUCCCAGCAGACAAGUUCUCCGAAGAGUUUGUGGACUUUACCUCACAGUGCUUGAAGAAGAAUUCCAAAGAACGGCCGACAUAUCCAGAGCUUAUGCAACAUCCAUUUUUCACCCUACACGAAUCCAAAGCAACAGAUGUGGCAUCUUUUGUAAAACUGAUUAUUGGAGACUAAAAGCAAUGGACUCAAUCAGUGGACCCUCCUGUGGAUUGGUGGGUUUACCGGGUGACGCAAGUUUACUAAAGCGCCAAUAGAAACUCAUCUUUGAGAUAAUUUAACCCUGCCUCUCAGUAGGCUUUUUUCUCCCCAUUUUCUUUUUUUUUCCCCUCCAAAAGGGGCCUUGAAAUCUAUAGUAUAGAAUGAACUUCUGGAUGGAUGAAAUAGAAAGGCUUAGGACUUAAAAAGGUGAUUAAAUAUUUAAUGAUGUGUCA